AAACUUUACAGACAGACAACUUAAAUUUCUUACACAAAAUUAAAGCAACUCGACUCAAACACUAAAUCCAUGGCUCCUUCUGCGCAAACUCUUCCUACAAGUGUUUCGGACGAGAAAUACGCGAAUGUGAAGUGGGAAGAAUUAGGAUUCGGGUUUUAUCGUACGGACAACAUGUAUGUUGCCAAGUGCAAGCAUGGAGAGAGUUUCCAAGAGGGAAGUAUUGUUCCUUACGCUGAUUUUCAGAUCAGCCCUUGCUCUGCAGUUCUUAAUUAUGGCCAGGGUUUAUAUGAAGGGCUGAAGGCUUACAGGACAGAAGAGGGCCGGAUUAUGCUAUUCCGACCAGACCAAAACGCCCUUCGUCUUAAAUCAGGAGCCCACAGACUUUGUAUGCCAUAUCCCUCCGUCGAUCAAUUCGUCUCCGCUGUUAAACAAGUUGUUCUUGCCAACAAGAAAUGGAUUCCUCCCCCGGGGAGAGGAACAUUGUAUAUCAGACCUAUCUUGUUUGGGAGUGGUCCUAUUCUUGGCUCACUUCCUGUUCCCGAAUACACCUUCACAGUGUUCGCAUGUCCCGUUGGUCGUUUUCACCAGGAUAACGCGGGGUUGAACCUGAAAAUUGAAGAUAAGUUUCGUCGCGCUUUCCCAAGUGGAACUGGUGGCGUGAAGAGCAUCACAAACUAUUCUCCUGUUUGGAUAACACUAGCAGAGGCGAAAGCACAAGGAUUCUCUGAUGUUUUGUUUCUGGAUGCUGCUACUGGCAAAAACGUCGAAGAGCUUUUCGCUUCUAACGUUUUCAUAGUCAAGGGAAAUGUUGUGUCGACUCCCGAAAUUUCAGGAACCAUAUUGCCUGGAGUCACAAGAAAAAGUAUCAUCGAAUUAACUCGUGAUUUCGGCUACAAGGUCGAGGAACGUGUUGUUCCCGUUGAGGAUCUUCUCAACGCUGAAGAAGUUUUCUGCACUGGCACUGCUGCAAUUGUGACAACUAUUGCGUCCGUAACCUUCAAGGAGACAAAGACUGAAUUCAAAACAGGGGAUAAAACAUUGGCGGCGAAGCUCUUUGCGACGUUAACAGAUAUCCAGAUGGGUCGGGUAGAGGAUAAGAAGGGGUGGACGGUGGAGUUGACCGAUGCCACCACACCAGGGUUGAAACUUUGAAGUUGUAACUUAACAACUUUUAUAUGUAUGAAACAUCAUAAGAUGUCUCUAGAUCUUUGUGUUUAUCAAAUUAUGUCAUGUUGUGAUGUAUUUUAUAAAGGUGGUAAGAAACAUAAUAAAAAAACUCCCAUGGCUUUUCUCAG